AUGUCGUCGGCCCAUAUCACGGGCCGUCGAGAAUCCGAGCCCGGGUUCUUCUCCGACACCACCACGCCCAAAGCUCUGGACAUUGCCGUACCCGGUGGGUUUCGACGUCACCACGUUCAGACGACGACGGUCCGACCUGCUGUGUCCAAAGCGCUGCGGGAGCAGAUCGUGGACCGCAUCAAUAGCGUCUACGACCCGUUCAUUGGCAGCAUCUUGGGCCAGGACAAUGACGAGUACGACGAGAUGAACGUCCAGGACCGUGUGCAGAGCCUGCUCAUGACGCCGCCCUCGACUCGUGGCCCCUAUCAACGAGCUCCUAUCCCCGAAUCUGGAACCAUUCAAACCGAGAGCUCGGCACUUUUAUCGGUAGAUUCAUCUGCUCUAUCAAAAUCCAAGGAUACGGACAAGACGACAACACUGUGGCAUGCUCUGCUUACUUUGCUCAAGUCAUUUGUCGGCACUGGCAUUCUCUUCCUGCCAGAUGGAUUCCGUAGUGGCGGGAUCCUUUUUUCGCCAGUAUGUCUGACAUUUGUUGCGGCUCUUACGCUGUACGCAAUGCUGCGGUUACUUCAGUGUCGCGAACUCGUUGGCGGUACUUACGGUCAAGUGGGUUUUCGAGCUUAUGGUCCUUGGGGACGUCGCAUGGUGCAGGUCUCCAUUAUUCUGAUGCAGGCGGGAUUCUGCUGUACGUACGUCAUUUUCGUGGCGCAAAACUUGUCCGAGGUGCUCGGAUUCUGUGGCGUUCCUGUCGACACGUCGCUGCUCAUUGUGCUGCAAAUUGCAGUGUACAUUCCGCUGUCUUGGAUCCGGUAUAUCAGCUACUUUUCCAUCAGCAACCUCAUCGCUGAUAUGUUCAUCCUCUAUGGACUCAUUUUUAUACUCGGUAACAGCUUUUGGUUGCUUGCAACGCAAGGCCCGGCACAGGAUGUGGUACUGUUCAACCAACAGGACUACGCGAUCUUUAUUGGCACGUCAAUUUUCACGUUCGAAGGGAUCGGUCUUGUGCUGCCGACUCAGAGCUCGUUAAACAAGGCGCGCCAAAAGCGCUACCCGACCCUGCUCACGUGGACAGUCGUUGGUUUGCUCUUCUUCUACUCGAUUUUUGCAGGUGUCAAUUACAUCACGUUUGGUAGCAGCAUUGCUCCUAUGGUGACAUCCAGUCUGCCACGCAAUGGAUGGUCGAGUUCGGUGCAAUUUGGCUAUGCGUUUGCCCAGCUUCUUUCGUACCCGUUGUUCCUCUUUCCUGCUGUGAAGAUUAUGGAGGAGAUGCUGGGUUUUCCAAGACGCGCAUCCGGCCAAAAACUCGCCAAGAACUGUCUUCGUGCCGUGACUGUCCUCGCGUGUGUUUGCAUUGCUUACUUUGGUCAGAAGCGUCUCGAUCUCUUUGUCUCGAUUGUCGGCGCUUUCUGUUGUGUUCCUUUAAGUUUAAUUUACCCGCCGUUGUUCCACCUCAAGCUGAACCCGAAUGUGUCGUGGAUGGACCGACUUGUCGACACCUUCGUGGUCGUCGUGGGUGUGCUGACGUUCUUUUACGUCACGUACGCGAAUCUGCAGUCCUGGGGAAAGUAA